GCUUCUGUCCCUUAUCCCCCAGACACACAGCCCACGUCCCCCGUCCUGAGAGCCAGGAAAAGGAGACUUCCCGCAGACGUCCAGCUGAGCAGACGGUGUUGCCAUGGCGUCUCAUAACGAUAAAGAGGAUGAGCAGGAUCACGUGGUGCCGGAGGAUGACAGCACCAGCGUCAGGUCCAGUUAUCCGCGCAGCCCCUCCCCCAGCAGGUUCUCUGUUAUCUCAGACACAGACACGGAGAGCAUCUUCAUGGAGCCCAUGCACCUCACCUCUCUACUGGCCACCAAACAGACCAAAAACGAGGAGACGAAGCCACGGGAGGCAAAGGAGGAAGCAGGAGCAGAGGACACACUGGAUGCAGUGGAGCAGAUGAUGGUGGAGGACCUUUACAACUGCGUGAAGGACAUAGUGGACGACUCCAGCCCCUACAACACCCCCUGUGUCCUGGACAUCCAGCGCGCCCUUGUGCAAGACCGCCUGGAAGCGCCCCUGAACCCUGUGGACGAGGUGUGGCCCAACAUCUUCAUUGCCGAGAAGAUGGUGGCAGUGAAUAAGUCACGGCUCAAGCGGAUGGGGAUCACCCACGUCCUGAACGCGGCCCAUGGCACGGGCGUCUACACGGGCCAGGAGUUCUACGCCGGCAUGAACAUCGAGUACCACGGCAUCGAGGUGGAUGACUUCCCCAGCGCUGACAUAUCCCCAUACCUGCGAACGGCCGCUGAGUUCCUGGAUGAGGCCCUGCUGACUCACAAGGGGAAGGUGCUGGUGGACUCAGUGAUGGGCGUCAGCCGCUCCGCGGUAUUGGUCGCUGCCUACCUCAUGAUCUUCCACCACAUGACCAUCAUGGAGGCGCUGCUGGCUCUGCGCAAGAAGCGGGCCAUCUGCCCGAACGAGGGCUUCCUGAAGCAGCUGCGCGACCUGAACGAGGCGCUGCUGGAGGAACGUGACGAGGAUGACCGCAGCGACACCCUCAGCCAGUGCUCCGUCAUCGACACGCUGGCCCGCCGUGAGGAGGCCGGCAGCCUGCUGGGGGCCAAGGCACACUCCAUCACCGUGGAGGAGGAGGAGGACGGCAUGAGCAUGCUGAGCGGCAGCGUGGUCUCCGCGGCCCGGACUGGCAGGGACGGUGAGGGGGCCCGCACCCCGACGCUGCCGGGUGAACGGGAGGAGGAGGAGGACGAGGAGGAUGACGUGGACCGCGUAAUCCGCGAGUGGCAGCAGAGGAACGAGAAGUACCAGAGCGAGGACUGGUGGCGGGCCCAGCUGAUGUGCGAGGACGGGGAGGAGUCUCUGGCGGGGGAACGGCGCCCCCUGCCGGACGACCUGGAGAGCGUCACCAGCACCGACGUGCGGGAGGUGAAGGAGCUGCUGAGGGCCGGCGGGAGGGCGGGCCGCCGCACGCGGGCCGAGUCCGUCUGCACCGCCUCCACUGACGACAGCAGCUGCGCUGACAUGUGGAAAAAGCGGCUGAGGGAGAUCGAGGAGCAGGCCGCUGCCCGCUACAGGGGGCGGGGCCACGAGGAGGAGAGUGAGGGCGGGGACGGGGACAGGGACGAUGACGCGGAGAGCGUGCUCUCCGAAUCCAGCUCCCUCUACAACUUCUGCAAGAGGAACAAAGACACGCUCACGCCGCUGGAGAGGUGGCGGGUGAAGAGGAUCCAGUUUGGCUGGAACAAGAAGGAGGCCGAGGCGGAGAAGGGGACGGCGGGGGGUGAGCAGGGGGAAGGGGAGGAGGCCAAGGCUCCCUCACUGGAGGACGUCAACCUGACAGCCUACCAGAGCUGGAAGCUGAAGAAGCAGAAGAAGUUGGGCGAGGAGGACAAGGACGAGAUCGUGGAGCUGAGCAGGGCGCACGACUCGGCGCUGGCCAAGAGGAGGCAGCGGCGGGAGGAGAUCCUGGAGCGAUCGCGGCGCACGCUGGAGGAGAGCCAGUCCGUGUGCGGCUGGGAGACGGAGAGCACGCUCAGCGGCAGCACCAUCCCGCUCACUGCCUUCUGGAACAUGGCCACCGGCGCCAAGAGCACCGCCGACGACACGGCCUCCAUGCUCAGCAUGCAGAGCGGCCGGUCUGCCCAGUCUCAGGCUCGCAGCGCGCAGGGCUCCGUCCAAUCAAUGCCCAUGGCCCCACCCAUGACUCCACCUCUAAUGCCUCUGCCCAACAUGCAGGGCGUCGGCAGCGAGGGGAUUAACUUGGCCAGCAUCCAGAACUGGAUCGCGAACGUGGUGACGGAGACGCUGAUCCAAAAGCAGAAUGAGAUGCAGAUGAUGGGGGGGAGCCUGCCCCCGUCCCGCGCUGGCUCGGUCCUUAGUUUUGGGGGCCGUUCCCCGGCAGGAAAGAGCCAGGACGAUGACAAGGUGUCCAUGCUGAGCGGAGCCUCCUACUCCAGCAGUCUGUCGAAGGGAGGGGCCGAGUCUGUGCUCUCCGCUGGCGGGACAUCCAGCAUUUCAAGCCUUGGCUCCAGCAGGAGGAAAGUCACCAAGACCAGCGUGCCCCUCUACAGCCUCUUCCAGGACCAGGUGAACCUCCGCAAGCUCGACUCCAUGGACAAGGAGAUGAAAUCUGAGAUGAGGGAGAAGAUGUCCACCUACGAACUGCAGAAGAUUGCCUCGGACAACAAGCGCAGCACCCUGUUCAAAAAGAAGAAGGUCAAGGAGGAGAAUGACGAGGAUGGUGAGGACGAGAAGCCAGCAACGUCAAAGCCUGCGGCUAAAUACACCCCUGCCCCCACUCGAGAUAGAUUGGACACACCCUCCACUCGCACAGGGAGAUUCAGCAGCUCUGCUACGGAGAGAGACAAGGUCAGCAGCAUCGACAAGUGGCUCAACGAUAUCAAAGCGCCAUCCCGGUACCCGCGAGCCAACGGCGUGGAGAACACGGAGCCUCGGACCUCCAGGUCCUCACUCUCCAGAGAGCAGGUCGCAGAGUCCUCUGACUACACCUUCAGCAGAAGGAGGGAGUACUCAGAGAGCUCCUUUGACAGUGAGGGUGAGGACUUUGACAGUACAUCAAGAUUCUCCUCCGCAGCUGUGGAGGACUCAUUCUCCUCCAACCGUUUCCGAAGCAACGCCGUUGAUGCUGAUGACUACAUGGAUUCCAGCUCAGAACCAUCAUACCACUCCAGGAGGGUGCCCCCGGCAACAGAGCUCUUUUCCAACGGCUUGAAGGAGUCUCACAGCUACAGAAUGCGGAGGUCCUCCACCUCUGAAGAGGAAGAGGAAGAGGACUACGCAGCCAAGAAGACGUUCCCUCGUUACUCGCGGAACGAGGAUGACGGCGCGGAGGUGAGGAGAAGGGUCCGGGAGGAAGAGGACGAAGAGGAAGAGGUGUCCUCCUUCAUCAGCAGAUGCAGGCUAAGGUCCAGGACCCCGGUGGAUGAGGACAUUGAUGAAGAUGAUGUCAUCGCUGCCUGGAGAAGGCAGCAGGAGUCAAAACGGCACACUUACAGAGGCAGUGACUCCUAGUCCAGCCGCUGCAUGCAAUGAGCUUGGGUCUUUCACCUUCUCAACCACUCCUCAGGUUCCUGUUUGAUUUAACUCCUUUACUAAGGAACUCAACCUUGACAACACUGCGUGCAUUUUUCCUGUGUGGUCUUUACUUAAGCCUUGUUGCCCAGCAUUUGUUUGAAACUGAAAAUGUGACUGUAUUUUCAGACAAUUGGCAACUUUUUCACUGUUACAGAAAUGUCUGUAGUUAAGCCACAUUUCACCACGUGAUUGUUCAUGGAUUGUUAAUGAUUGUCAUAAAGUUCUGAACACACAGGAUUGCUGAAUUUAAAGGAAACAAUAAGAGAUGCUCACACAUAAAUCCUAACUAACACUUUUAUGAAUUUUUCAGUCUGUAUAUCAAACGCAAACAAUGUGAAAGUCCUACUCCCACCACCAAGUGUGGGUAUUUCACAGCCUGUGUAUCAGGAAUGCAAAA